CCCUCCUCCCCUCCCUCCUUCUCCAUCCUGGGCGCCUCAGACGACGCCGAGGAGGAGGAGGCGGGCCGGAGCCUCCCUCCCUCCCUGCCGCUUGCCUGCUCGCCUUGCCUUGCCUUCCUCCUCCUUUCCCCCCAUCAGCAUCCCUUCCUUCCUUCUCGGCUUCUCCCAUUGUCUCCGGAGCCGCCUUUGCAGCUCCCUCUGGGGAGCGAGGCCGUCGCCUGCCUCAGCACCAUCCUCUUCCUCCUCUCUGGAUCCUGCAGGCCUGAGCCUUCUAUGAUGUACAGUCCAGACUGAACUUGAAUCCGGAGUAGCUGAGGAAGGGACGAAGGCAGGCUGCUCCGAGCAUCAAGAGAAAUAUAUGGUCCUUGGAGGAUUAUUGAGGCCGGUGAACAUCUGGGAGUCACUUGGAGAGACAUUCGGCAUUGCUCGGCUUGGCCCACUCUUUGGUGGAUGGAGAUGCUGUAGAAGAGCCGUCCCGGGCUCUUGGGGAGGGGGAACAGGGGAGGUGGAAGGACCUUCUCACCUUGAGGUCCACAGAUCUUGGGACUAUUCUGCUUGAGAGAGCCCCCUCCCCAUGUCCAGCGGUCUCUGUGGGUUCCUCGCCAUUUGAGAGACAUACCAAACCUUCCGUCUCCACAACGCUACUCUUUUGUCUCAUGUGGAUUUGAAAGUCAACGGAGGGAGGGAGGCAUUGCUGGCCUCCAGGGAAGAGUGUAGGAGGGGGCUUGCCAUGGCGAAGCCGGUGCGUUUGCUGGUGCCCUUGGCGCUGGUGGUGGCCGCGAUGCUGAGCCCAGGAGCGGGCGGCGCGGCGUUGGAGUUUAGCGGCACGACAGGGCAGUGGGCACGCUAUGCGCGGUGGGACGCCAGUUCCUUGGGGGAGCUGAGCUUCAGCCUGAAGACCAACGUCUCCCGGGCGCUGGUGCUCUACCUGGAUGACGGCGGGAACUGCGACUUCUUGGAGCUGCUGAUUCUGGAGGGGCGCUUCCGCCUGCGCUUCACCAUCUCCUGCGCAGAGCCGGCUAGCUUGCACCUGGAGACGCCCGUCAACGACGACCGCUGGCACAUGCUCCUCUUGACACGCAACUACCGGGAGACCAUGUUAGUGGUGGACGGCGAAGCCCGCGUCGCCGAGGUGAAGUCCAAGCGGCGUGACAUGACGGUGGAAAGCGACCUCUUCGUGGGCGGCAUCCCGCCCGACGUCCGCCUCUCGGCUCUCACGCUCAGCACCGUCAAGUACGAGAUGCCUUUCCGUGGCAUUGUGGCCAACCUGAAAGUGGCGGACAUGCCCCCGGCACUCCUGGGCAGCCAGGGCAUCCGCAGCGACAUGGAGUACCUGUGCAGCAAGCAGAAUCCCUGCGUCAAUGGUGGGAUCUGCACCGUCAUCAACAGCGAGGUGCAAUGUGAUUGCAGCCUUACCGGUUUCCAGGGGAAGUUUUGCAGUGAAGAAGAACUUACGAUGGAAGGUCCGGCUCACCUGACGCUAAACAGCCAAGGAGGGUCCCUACUGUACUCGGAAGGGGGGACAGGGAGAGGAACCAGUGAGGUGCACCAGACGUCGAAAGGGAAAGAAGAGUUUGUGGCGACGUUCAAGGGGAACGAAUUCUUCUGCUACGACCUUUCCCACAACCCCAUCCAAAGCAGCACCGAUGAAAUCACCCUCUCCUUCCGCACCCUGCAGCGCAACGGCUUGAUGCUCCACACGGGCAAGUCGGCGGACUAUGUCAACCUCUCGCUGAAGAGCGGCGCCGUCUGGCUGGUCAUCAACUUGGGUUCGGGAGCAUUCGAGGCGCUGGUGGAACCCGUCAAUGGCAAGUUCAAUGAUAACAACUGGCACGACAUCCGUGUGACCAGAAACCUGCGCCAGCACGCAGGAAUUGGACACGCUAUGGUAAACAAACUGCAUUACCUGGUGACUAUCUCUGUGGAUGGCAUCCUCACCACCACGGGCUACACCCAGGAGGACUACACCAUGCUGGGCUCGGACGACUUCUUCUACAUCGGGGGAAGCCCCAACACGGCCGACCUGCCCGGCUCCCCCGUCAGCAACAAUUUCAUGGGAUGCCUCAAGGAUGUGGUCUAUAAGAACAAUGACUUCAAGCUGGAGCUCUCCCGCCUGGCCAAAGAAGGGGACCCCAAGAUGAAAAUCAACGGUGACCUGGUCUUCCGCUGCGAGAACGUCGCCGCCCUGGACCCCGUCACCUUUGAGUCCCCCGAAGCCUACAUCUCCCUUCCCAAGUGGAACACCAAGAAGACGGGCUCCAUCUCCUUCGAUUUCCGUACGACGGAGCCCAACGGCCUGCUGCUCUUCAGCCACGGCCGGUUGCAGCCGCCCAAAGAAGGCCGGUCGGAGCGCCUCCACAAGGCAGACUACUUUGCCAUGGAACUCCUGGAUGGCUACCUUUACCUGCUGCUGGACAUGGGCUCGGGCGGGAUCAAAAUGCGGGCCAGCAGCAAGAAGGUGAAUGACGGCGAGUGGUGCCAUGUGGACUUCCAGCGGGACGGGCGCAAAGGUUCCAUCUCAGUGAACAGCCGUAGCACCCCCUUCCUGGCCAGUGGCGAGAGUGAGAUCUUGGACCUGGACAGUGAGAUGUACCUGGGGGGUCUUCCCGAGAACCGCCUGGAUCUCAUCUUGCCCCCGGAAGUGUGGACGGCCUUCCUGAACUACGGCUACGUGGGCUGCGUGCGGGACCUCUUCAUCGACGGCAAGAGCCGGGACGUGCGCCGCUUGGCCGAGGUGCAGAGCGUGACCGGCGUCUCCAGCUUCUGCUCCCGGGAGACCCUCAAGCAGUGCAGCAGCUCCCCUUGCCGCAACGGGGGGCUCUGCCGGGAAGGCUGGAACCGCUUCAUCUGCGACUGUGUGGGCACUGGCUACUUGGGCCGGCUAUGUGAGAGAGAGGCCACGGUACUGAGCUACGAUGGGAGCAUGUACAUGAAGAUAAUGCUCCCCACGGUCAUGCACACCGAAGCUGAAGACGUGUCCCUCCGCUUCAUGUCUCAGCGGGCGUAUGGAUUCAUGAUGGCCACCACCUCCAAGGAGUCGGCCGACACUCUCCGCCUAGAGCUGGACGGGGGCCAAAUGAAGCUCACGGUCAACCUAGACUGUGUCAGGAUAGGCUGUAACCCCAGUAAAGGCCCCGAGACCCUUUUUGCCGGACAGAAGCUCAAUGACAACGAGUGGCACACGGUUCGCGUGGUGCGGCGGGGGAAGAACCUGCAGCUCUCGGUGGACAACGUCACCGUGGAAGGGCAGAUGGCCGGGGCGCACACCCGCCUGGAGUUCCACAACAUCGAGACGGGCAUCAUGACGGAGCGGCGCUUCAUCUCGGUGGUGCCCUCCAACUUCAUUGGCCACCUGAGCAGCCUGGUCUUCAACGGCCUGCCCUACAUGGACCUCUGCAAGAACGGCGACAUCAGCUACUGCGAGCUCAACGCCCGCUUCGGCCUGCGCAGCAUCAUCGCCGACCCGGUCACCUUCAAGAGCAAAGCCAGCUACCUGGCGCUGGCCACGCUCCAAGCCUACGCCUCCAUGCACCUCUUCUUCCAGUUCAAGACCACGGCCACGGACGGGCUCAUCCUCUUCAACAGCGGCAACGGGAACGACUUCAUCGUGGUGGAGCUGGUCAAGGGGUACAUCCACUACGUUUUCGACCUGGGCAACGGACCGUCGCUGAUGAAGGGGAAUUCAGACAAGCCGGUCAACGACAACCAGUGGCACAACGUCAUUGUGUCCCGCGACACCAACAAUGUGCACACGCUCAAGAUUGAUUCCCGGACCGUAACACAGCACUCCAAUGGCGCCCGCAACCUGGACCUCAAAGGGGAGCUGUACAUCGGAGGCCUGAGCAGAAAUAUGUUCAGCAACUUGCCCAAGCUGGUGGCCUCGCGGGACGGCUUCCAAGGCUGCCUGGCCUCCGUGGAUCUCAAUGGCCGACUCCCAGACCUCAUCGCCGACGCCCUGCACCGGAUCGGGCACGUCGAGAGGGGCUGUGAUGGUCCCAGCACCACCUGCACGGAGGACUCCUGCGCCAACCAGGGCGUCUGCCUUCAACAGUGGGACGGCUACACGUGCGAUUGCACCAUGACCUCGUAUGGUGGCCCGGUGUGCAAUGACCCUGGCACCACGUACAUUUUCGGGAAAGGCGGGGCGCUGAUCACGUACACAUGGCCCCCCAAUGACCGACCGAGCACGCGGGCCGACCGCCUGGCCGUGGGCUUCAGCACGCAUCAGAAGAACGCCAUUCUGGUGCGGGUGGACAGUGCUUCCGGGCUCGGCGACUACUUGCAGCUACACAUAGACCAGGGGACCGUCGGGGUCAUUUUCAACGUGGGCACGGACGACAUCACCAUCGAGGAGAGCAACGCCAUGGUGAACGACGGCAAAUACCACGUGGUGCGCUUCACCCGGAGCGGCGGCAACGCCACGCUGCAGGUGGACAAUUGGCCCAUCAAUGAACGGUACCCCGCAGGGAACAGUGAUAAUGAGCGACUGGCGAUUGCUAGACAGAGAAUUCCGUAUCGGCUCGGUCGAGUAGUAGAUGAGUGGCUACUCGACAAAGGUCGCCAGCUGACCAUCUUUAACAGCCAGGCCGCCAUCAAGAUCGGGGGCCGGGACCAGGGCCGCCCCUUCCAGGGCCAGAUCUCGGGGCUGUACUACAAUGGGCUCAAGGUGUUGUCCCUGGCGGCCGAGAGCGACCCCAACGUCAAGGUGGAGGGGAACCUGCGGCUGGUGGGCGAGGUGCCCUCCGUCAUGACCACGGAGACCACGGCCACGACCCUGCUGGCGGACAUGUCCACCACCAUCAUGGAGACCACCACCACCAUGGCCACCACCACCACGCGGCGCGGCCGCUCUCCCACCAUGCGCGACAGCGUCACCCAGAACACAGAUGACCUCCUCGUAGCUUCGGCCGAGUGCCCCAGCGAUGACGAAGACCUGGAGGAGUGCGAGCCGAGUACCGGAGGUGAACUAGUCUUGCCCAUAAUAACCGAGGACUCUCUAGACACCCCUCCAAUUGCCACCCGGUCUCCAUUCAUCCCCCCACCUCCCACUUUUGGCCCCUUCCUAACCGUAGUCGAGGCCACCAAAGACACCCUUGCCCCGCUGCCGCCCCACCACCCGCGGGCCCCUUGCCUGGCCGACCAAGAGGACAGCGACUGCGAAGAGGGCAUCGAGGCCUCCGGCUACGCCUCGGGCGAGGUCUUCGACUCCAGUUUGCCCCCCACCGACGACGAAGACUUUUACACCACCUUCCCCUUGGUCACCGAUAGGACCCUCAUUGGCCGGCCCGACGGAGUGUCCAAAAAGGCCCACGGAUACCGCCCCAACCUUAGGACAGGACUGCCAGCCUCCUCCUCCUCCUCGCCCUCCGUCCCCGACCUCUUGACCUCCACCUCCUCUCCCGGCCUGGUCCGCCCCGCCGGGAAAAUGAACAACCGGGAGCCCCUCAAGCCCCACCCCGAACAGUACCCCCCUCUGGCCACUUCCUUUGAGCCCGACAAGCUCAGCAACAACCACAACAACAGGCUUAAAUACCCUGGUAUAACCUCUUCCCCCAAUUUCCACAAUCUACCCACAGCCAACCCGACCGGACCCGGGGAGAGAGGUCCUCCCGGCGCGGUGGAGGUCAUCCGGGAGUCCAGCAGCACCACUGGCAUGGUGGUGGGCAUCGUGGCAGCCGCCGCCCUCUGCAUCCUCAUCCUCCUCUACGCCAUGUACAAAUACCGCAACCGGGACGAAGGCUCCUACCAGGUGGACCAGAGCCGGAACUACAUCAGUAACUCGGCCCAAAGCAACGGCACGGUGGUCAAGGAGAAGCCGGCCGCCGCCACCAAAACGCCCAGCAAGAGCAAGAAAAACAAAGACAAGGAAUAUUAUGUCUGAGCAUCCCCCAUCUUCCUCCUCCUUCUCCUCCUCCUUUUUCCCCCGUCCUGCCCGUCCCUCAGAAAAUGCCCCUGUGCGUGCCGGAGAGAGACUGAUGCCCGGCUGGCACCUGACCCACCGAACCCCUAAACUUUUUGGAGAGGUGUACCCCUCUUUACCCCCAACCACACGACCGUGUGCUUUCCUUCCCUCCUCCGAAACAGGCCAGCGGGUGUCUUCUUCCUCGGUUUGCUCAUCCGUCUUUUUACGUUACGCCCUCCCCUUGCAAAAAAAGAGAAAAAGAAAGAAAAAUGAAUUAUAUAUAUAGAUACAUAUAUAUAUAUAAAUAUAAAUAUAGCAAGGCAAUGAGCUCGCAGGGCCUACCUCCCCCUUGUCCCGUUGUCCCAGAGGGAAAAGUAAGCCAACCCGAAAUAACGUCCACGUAAAGUGGCAUUCGAGUCACUGUUUGUUCCCCUGAAGAGAGGGAUGGAUGGAUGGAAGGAUGCUCAGAAAAGGAGAAUGGAAACGGGGAGGGCGGGAUUGGGUUUUCAGGCUUCCCGGAUGACGACGAAGAUGAUGUGAGAGUUACGUUGCACGACCCCUCUUUGCAAAAGGAGCGGAAAGGAAUCCAAAAAAGGGGGUCUCUCCGCACAUCUCGCCCCCGGCCCCUCGUGACGCCACAGAGGACCCUCUCCGGAGUCGUGGCCAAACCGGACCCAUCGCUCUCCGCAGAACCCUACCCGGACUGGGAAGCGGGUGCAAAAUGGGACGGCGGCCCCAUCCCCCCAAAACCCCGCUCUCUCUUUCUCUUUCUCUCGUCUCCGAAUCCUCACAAAACAAGCAAAGGGGUCUCUCCGUCCUUUCUCUCUCUCUUCUCUCUCUUUCUUCGUUAAUGUGUCCGAGUCUUGGAAAUGUGUGGAAUAAAGCAAAACGAGUUUUUUUAAAAAAAAA